ACAACUUCGCCUCAAAAAUUUUUCCCUACAUUUGCGAUAAGUGAACGUGGCUAUGGCAAUUCAAAAGACGUCGUUAUUUUUCGCGAUACAAAAAUAGAAAUUAUGAUUCUCAUACGAAUAAACGUAACGUUUUGCUGUGAUACUGAAUGACUUUCAAUUACCGCUUGAUUCGAUAGCAGGUCUUGCCGGUUUAGUUCAGAAAUCAAGAAGUGUAACAUUAGAAAGUACUAGUACGUAGAAGAGCGAUUUUCAGUACUUUUCAUUGAUUUUAUAGCUUAACCAUGGCUUUGAAAAAAGUUAAAACCAACUUGGAACGUAUGUUUGAUAAAAGCCUAACGGAUUUGGUUAGGGGAAUAAGGAAUAAUAAAGAAAAUGAGGCCAAAUACAUAUCCCAAUGCAUGGAAGAUAUUAAGCAAGAGCUCAGACAGGAUAAUUUGUCAGUCAAGAGCAAUGCCAUAGCAAAAUUAACAUAUCUCCAAAUGCUGGGAUACGACAUUUCUUGGGCAGGUUUCAAUAUAAUUGAAGUGAUGAGUUCAAGCAAAUUCACUCUAAAGAGAAUAGGAUACCUCGCUGCUAGCCAAUCAUUCCAUUGUGAUUCAGAGUUAUUGAUGUUAACGACCAAUAUGAUACGCAAAGAACUGAAUUCACAGAACCAAUAUGAGGCAGGUCUUGCCUUAACCUCCCUAAGUUGUUACGUCAGUGCAGAUCUAGCCAGAGAUUUAUCUAAUGACAUUUUAACACUGUUAAGUUCAACAAAGCCUUACAUUAGAAAGAAAGCUGUAUUGAUGAUGUAUAAGGUGUUUCUGAAAUAUCCAGAAGCUUUGAGACCGGCUUUUCCUAGACUGAAGGAAAAACUGGAAGAUCCAGAUCCAGGUGUCCAGUCAGCAGCCGUCAACGUUGUUUGUGAGUUAGCUAGAAAAAACCCAAAGAACUAUCUGAGCUUAGCUCCAGUUUUCUUUAAGUUAAUGACGACUAGUACAAAUAAUUGGAUGCUAAUAAAAAUAAUUAAAUUGUUUGGUGCUCUUACUCCUCUAGAACCUAGGCUAGGAAAAAAAUUGAUUGAACCACUAACGAAUUUGAUACACAGUACAUCUGCCAUGAGUUUAUUGUAUGAAUGUAUCAAUACAGUGAUAGCUGUUUUGAUAAGUAUUUCAUCAGGGAUGCCAAAUCACGCAGCUAGCAUCCAGUUAUGUGUACAAAAGUUGAGGAUAUUGAUUGAAGAUUCAGAUCAAAAUUUGAAAUACUUGGGUCUUCUAGCAAUGUCGAAGAUAUUGAAAACGCAUCCCAAAAGUGUCCAGGCACACAAGGACCUCGUCUUGCAGUGCCUAGAGGACAAGGACGAGUCGAUAAGGCUGCGAGCCUUGGAUUUACUGUACGGAAUGGUUUCGAAGAAAAAUCUCAUGGAAAUAGUGAAGAAGUUGAUGGCGCAUAUGGAAAAGGCUGAGGGAACCAUCUACAGGGACGAACUGCUGAGUAAAAUAAUACUGAUAUGUUCCCAGAAUAAUUAUCUGUUUAUUAUGAAUUUUGAAUGGUACGUCACGGUUCUGGUGGAACUGGCCCAGAUGGAGUUUGGAUCUAAGCAAGGGCAUGUGAUAGCCUCGCAAUUAAUGGAUGUUACCGUGAGAGUUGAGGCCAUAAGAUCGUUCGCCGUGUCAGAAAUGGCGGAUCUUAUCUCCUUUUAUGCUUCUCACAAUCAGUUCAGCGUCAUGCAAGAAGUCCUAUAUGCCGCUGCAUAUAUCUGUGGGGAAUUCAGCGUUCAUCUGAAGGAACCGGAAAAAGUGCUGAGAAUGAUGCUAAAAUACAAACCGUUACCCCAACACAUCGAGGCAGUCUUCAUACACAACGUCCUGAAGCUGUUCGCUCACGUGAUGGAAAAAUACGAACUGGAGGAGAAAUACGACGAAAUUUUGGAAUUGUGCGACGCGAUCUCUGCCAAAUUGAGCGAUAGUCUUAAGUCCGCUGAGCUGGAAGUCCAGGAACGUUCCAGUACGUGUCUCAACAUAUUGGAAAUCGUCAAGGAAGAAAUUGAAUUGAAGAAAACGACUACCAACCAAAAUAUCAUAGAUGCGGAUAAGAUCGAUCCUCUGGAGAAGGACCAAGAUGGCACCGGUCUUAUAGCGCAGGAGCUCCUUCAAUUCUUCCAGGGCGAAUUGAACCCUGUGGCCCCGAAGGCGCAGAAAAAGGUACCCGUGCCAGAAAAUUUGGACCUGGACAGUUGGAUCAACGAGCCACUGGUCGAAUCGGAUUCGGAUAGCGAUGCCGGAUAUGGCGUGAAAGUUUUCGUCAAAACAGACAGCGAGGAUGAUUCUGAGGGUAAAAGACACAAGGAACCGACAGACGAGGAGAUCAAGAAGAAUAAGGAAGCUAGGAGGAACGAGCAACUCCACAACCCUCACUACCUAAAGGGCAACAAUUCUUUCGACGACGAUAACGAAAAAGUCGAAAAUAUACCCAUAGCCAAUCUUGAUUUGAACAUUCCACUUAAGGUAGCAGGACAGAAGAGGUCCGAUAAAUAUUUGAAGACUAAGGACGAUAAGAAACACAAGAAGAGGAGCAAGAAGAAGAAACAUAAAUCAGAAAGUUCCUCAGAUGAAAACGAAGAAGCUCCGGCUGUUAGGAGGGAACUUGAACUGCCCGAAGGUGCAACGUUGUCCGAUUCAGAUUCCAGCCAUGGGAACGAUGAUGAUCCACAUAAAGCACUGAAUAUCGAAUUAGAUAUACCUUCCAUGAACGAAUAUAAGGAAGACCAUAAACAAACAAAGGAGGGAGAUAAAAAGAAGAAAACUAAGAAGACUGAGAAGGAAAGGGAGAAAAAGACCAAGAAGUCAGAGAAACAUAGGAAGUCGAAGAAAGAAUCUGUACAGAACGACGCUUUGUUACUUUCGAUCGAAGAUGAUCACAACACGUCAGACCUUAAUCACAAACCAAAAGAACAGCUUGACGAAGAUGCGAACACUGAAGAAACAAAUGAAAAAGAAGAGAAAAAAUCGAAAAAACACAAGAAAGAGAAGAAGGACAAGAAAAAAGAUAAAUACGUCAAGAAUAAAAUGAAGAAAUCUAGCUCGGGUUAUGAAGAACCUCUGGGUAUAUCUACGCCAAGUAAAGAAUUCCAAGCAAUUGAAUAGAGUAAUUUGACAAUAUUACUAACAAUAUCCUUCAAAAAAAAACUUUCGUACUAGCUCGAAUGAAGGUGUUCAAUCUAUAAUUUUGUAUAUUUAUCCGAAUAGGCGACAUCUCAGAUAUUUCCAUAUGUACAAUAUUUCUUUCAGAUCUUUCCAUGCAGGUUUUCUAUCUCCGAGCCAAAUGAAGAUACCACGUUGAUUCAGCGAACAAAAUUAAUAUAUUCAAUAACGUGCAAUUAAAAUAUAUAUAAAUAUCUCCUACAUUCAUCCAUAAGACAUAACGAUAUAGAUUUUGAAACGAAUUAUAUUAAGUUCAAAGUAUUUAUCCACUUUUUUUUAUUUCAACUGUGAAGAUGCUUCAUUUUCAAUGUGAAAAAUGAAAUGUACAUUGUUUGAAAAUAUGAAUAUAUUGUUUAUA